UCUCUGUUUCGAAAAAAAAUGAAAGUGAAGGUUGACGGAGAUACUGGUGUUUCUCCGGCGCCGGCGAAUGUAACGGUGGCGGUAGCUGUUAAGAGUGAAGAAGGGAGUGGGAGUCAACGUGCGGUGAAGUGGGCUGUGGAGAAACUGUUGCCUAAAGCGAAUCGAUUUGUUUUAGUUCAUGUUAUGCCUACAAUAACUACAAUUCCAACUCCAUCAGGAGAGUAUAUUCCUGUUGAUGGGCUUGAGGCCAAUGUGGUGAAACUAUAUACGGGUGAUAAGAGGGCUAAAUGUGAAGAAAUCUUUAUCCCAUUUAAGAUGUUAUGCAAAAGGAAAAAUGUUGAGACUUUGGUGCUGGAAGGGAAUAAUCCUGCAACAGUGCUCCUAAAAUAUGUAAAUGACUCUGGGAUUAAAAGUUUAGUCUUGGGCUCUUUCUCCCCCAGUUACUUUGCUAGGAAGCUGAAGGGAUCAAGCGUGCCAUCAAUUAUCCUCAAGCAUGCUCCAGACUGUUGUGAUGUUUAUGUGGUGUCCUCAAAUAAGCUUAUGACAAAUUCGUUAAAUCCCUUGUUGGCUGCUGAAGGUGACCUUCGUACAAUCAAUAAACAACAAUCCAGUGCAUCUUCCGUCUCCGCAGGAAGUGUUUUCCAUAACAGAUCAUCGUCGGUUGCAGCUAGCCAUCUUAAUUCUCUAGAAUUUGUCCAUGGGAACUCUUCUAGUUAUGUCAGUCCUCAACACAGAACUAAUAGAAAUCUGGAAGAUGUGACCACAGGUCUGGAGGCAGUCAAGGGAUGUCAUUCUCACACUUACUCAGAGCAGUUAGACAUUCAGGACGAAGUGGAGAGGUUGCGCCUAGAAUUACAGGAUACUUUAGCAAUGUACAAUCAAGCAUGUGAGGACCUGACCCAUGCCCGAAACAAGGUCCAGUUAUUUUCUUCGCAAUACCUUGAAGAGUCUGGAAAAGUGAAUGCCGCCAAGAAAAGAGAAGAAAAUCUAAGGAAAAUUGCUGCUGAAGAGAAGGAGAAGCAUAUGGAAGCUGAGAAGGAGGUUGAGAUAGCAAGAAAAUUGCUUUCCAAAGAGGUCUAUGAGAGGCAGAUAGCAGAGUUGAAGGCUCUUCAGCAGUCCUUGGAGAAAAAGAGAAUUGUUGAUGCACUAUUAUCAUCUGAUGGCAGAUAUAGAAGGUUUACUAGAGGAGAGAUUGAGGUUGCAACCGAUAACUUUUCCGAGUCUAAGAUGAUUGGUGAAGGGGCAUACGGAAAAGUUUACAAAGGUGAUCUUGAUCACACCCCUGUUGCCAUCAAAGUUCUUCAUUCUGAUGCAUCAGAAAAGAAAGAGGAAUUUCUAAAAGAGGUGGAGGUUCUUAGCCAGUUACAUCACCCACACAUUGUUUUACUGCUUGGAGCCUGUCCUGAAAAUGGUUGCCUUGCUUAUGAGUAUAUGGAGAAUGGAAACCUUGAAGAUUACCUUUUGGAACGGAACAGCAAACCAUUACCCUGGUUUUCUCGAUUCAGGAUACUUUUUGAAGUGGCAUGUGCUCUUGCAUUCCUACACAACUCAAAGCCUGAGCCUGUUAUUCAUCGAGAUCUGAAACCAGGAAAUAUAUUGUUGGACAAAAAUUUUGUGAGCAAAAUAGGAGAUGUAGGUCUAGCAAAGAUUAUAUCAGAUGUUGUACCAGAAAAUGUUACAGAAUACAUGAACUCUGUUCUUGCUGGCACCCUUGGUUACAUGGAUCCAGAGUAUCAAAGAACUGGCACACUCCGACCAAAAUCUGAUCUGUAUGCUUUUGGAAUAAUAAUGCUUCAAUUACUGGCUGCUCGUCGUCCUAAUGGCCUUAUAAUGAAAUUUGAGAAUGCUAUAAAUUGUAAUUCAUUGGUGGAUAUACUUGAUAACUCAGUUCCUGAUUGGCCAUUGAUUGAAGCAGAAGAGCUAGCUAGGAUGGCGCUAAAAUGCUGCAAUCUUAGAUGCCGAGAGAGACCUGACCUCGAUACUGAAGUUCUUCCACUUCUGAAAAGAUUUUCUGAAUAUGCUGACAUGCAUACCAAUGAAGAGAAGAACCUUAUCCGGGCACCUAUUCCGUACUUAUGCCCGAUCCUUCAGGAAGUAAUGGGAGAUCCACAGAUAGCAGCUGAUGGCUAUACGUAUGAGCAUAGAGCAAUAAAGUUAUGGCUCGACAGACACAGUGUAUCACCCAUGACAAAACAGAGACUACAGCACAAGCUGGUCACGCCAAACCACACAUUGCGACUUGCUAUACAAGAGUGGAGAUCAACAUUCAACAUCGUUCAGAUAGAGAAAAACUAGUGAUUGCUGUGGAUAGUUCAAGGUAGAGUCUCUCAUUUCCUUAUUUCUAGUUCAUUCACUUCAGGGAUGGUUUGAAUGCUGCAUAACAUCAUCUU